AUGGAGGUCACCCACAACGAGCUCCUGUCGAGCGUGAAGAGCUCUGACUUGAGCCUGAAGGCUCAGCUCCAUCCUCUGGUUCUGAUGGACAUCUCAAAUCACAUUACCAGUCACACACAGCGCAAGCAGCAAGGACCCAUCGUAGGCUGCAUCAUCGGACAGCAGAAUGGCCGCGAGAUCACCUUGGAGUUCAUCUUCGAGGCGCACGCUACUCCUGCUGAGAAUGGUGACCUGAUCAUCCCUGGAGAGUGGCUGGCGACGCGUCUGGAGCAGAUGAAGCUCGUCCACAAAGAUCUUGACCUUGUUGGUUGGUACACUCUAAUGCCCCAGACUGGCCCUCGACCCAACAUCCUACCGAUUCAUCACCAGAUCCUGAGCUACAAUGAGUCUGCGGUUGUCCUCGGCCUGCACACCGAUGCUCUCGUGAACCAGGCCAAGGAUACUGCUGGUGGAAAGAUUCCUGUCACGGUCUACGAGUCUUACUACGAGGUCGAUGACGCAAGCAAGAUCACGUCUAAUAGUGGCGAAGACAAGGAGAUGAAAGACGGCGAUGCUACCUUGAAGUUGAAGUUCCGAGUUAUCCCUCACAGCUUCACCACAGACGAGGCUGAGAUGAUCAGCAUGGACUACAUCGCUGGUGGUGCUGGAAACGCUGCUUCCGCUGAGGUCAAGGAGCCGAAGACAGCCUCGGGUCAGGUGGAUGUGAAGGGAAAGCGACGGGCCGCUCCCCAGGACGCUGAGACCUUUCCUACCCCCGAGAACGUCGUGCUUUCCAAGGAGGAUGAGGAGGCUGUGGCUGCCUUGACCGGCAAGAUGAACGCCACCAAGAUGAUGAAGUCGCGUGUCGAUCUAGCCGCAAGCUAUCUCGAGCAGCUCCCUCCCUCAGUGCUCCGCGGCGAGGGUGUUGCAACUGCGGGCGAGGCAAGCGGCCAGCAUACCACACCUUCCCACACCAUCUUACGACAGGUGCAGUCGAUGACUGACCGCCUGAAGCUUCUGGAGCCGUCUGACCUAGAGCAAUUCAACCGAGAGAUGAUGAGCGAGGCGAAUGACGUUCGAUCCAUCGCCAUGCUGGACGAGAUGGCGACCGCCAUCAGCGACAUGCGAGACGUCGGCAAGAAGCACCAUAUCGUGGAGAGUGCGAAGAACCAAAACCGUCGUAUGGCGACUGAGUUUGGCUCAGCAGGUGGAAGCUCUGGCUUUAACCUGCCAGGCGCUGGCGACCUCCUUUAG